AUGAAGGUAGAUUUAGAGGUUCCCAAUACUUUGAUACUUCUAGUCAUAGGUAUAGCUUCCAUUCUAUUAUUGAAAGACAAAAUAUUAAGUCUCCUUAGUCACGGAGAUCAAGGAAAAAAACUGGUGAAGGACAAGCGGAUCAUCAAGCAUAGUAAGAAGAUGGUGAAAAAACAAAUUAUAGUUGUUGGAGCCGGAUUGAUUGGUCCUCGCCAUGCCCACCACGUAUCAAUAAACCCCAGAUGUGAGUUAUUUGCCAUUGUAGACUUAUUUCCUGUACCUGAGUUGGUGGAGAAGUACAAUACCAGAUACUUCCAGAAUAUCAAAGAUUUGAUAGGUUAUUGUGAUUCCAACGGUUUGAAAUAUCCUGAUGGUGCCAUAGUUUGCACCCCCAAUCAUACACAUGCCAAAGUAAGUAAAGAGUUGUCAGAUUAUGGCAUUAAUUUGAUCAUUGAGAAACCCGUCACACCCACACCAGAGGAUUCAAAAGCUUUGAAAUUAUAUACCAUGAAUAAAGUGAAGGUUCUUGUUGGCCAUCAUAGAAGAUUUCAUCCUGUCAUUAAGGAAGCAAAGGCCAAGAUCAAACAAAUUGGAGAUGUCCUAGCUAUUCAAGGUAGUUGGUGUUUGAAGAAGCAUCACGAAUAUUACAAUGAUUGGAGAAAAAGUAGAAGUGGAGGACCAAUGUUGAUAAAUCUCGUUCAUGAUCUUGACCUUCUCCAAUACUUGCUUGGUCCUGUACAGUCAGUUUUUGCAGAACCUUUGAAGAACUUGAGAGAUCACGAUGACGAAGGAUGUUCCUUGGUUUUGAAGUUCAAAUCUGGAACUAUUGGUACCUUUGUUGUUAGCGAUAAUAUUCCAUCCCCAUUCAACUUUGAAAAUGCCACAGGAGAAAACCCAUUGAUUCCUCAUUGUCCUAUAGAUGGGUUAUAUAGAAUCUUCGGUAAUAAGGGUACUUUGUCCCUUCCUGACAUGAAAAUCUAUUCUACUGAACACUGGCACAAACCAAUGGUUGUGGAAGAACUCAAUAGACCGGUGGGUGUACCAUUUGAUGAUCAAUUGAACCAUUUUGUUGACGUGUUAAACGGAGAUCUUAUCAAGUGUACAAUAGAUGACGGUAUAUCAGCAGUUUUAGUAACACAAGCCAUCAUGGAAAGUUUAGAUACGGGAGAAAGGGUCAUAGUAAAGGAUUUAUCAGUAGUUGAACCUAAUUUCAAUGUUUUAGGAUUAAAAGAAUUAACUCCAGAACCAUUGAAACCAAUGGCAACAGCCAUCAAAGUCAAUUAG